UUACGAGUGACUGUGAAGGCAACAUUGUCUAAACCUCAUUCAUCAAUGCUAUCGUGCUAUCGUUACCACCCUAGCUUCUAGUUACCUCCUCCGAUAUGCGCUUAGCUUGGACGUAAUGUCAAAACAAUACCACUAAAAUUGUCUUUUGACGUCAUAGUAUCUGGCGUGCAUCCAAUUUUGCAUUAACGUUGUCCUGCUUGUUGCACUUAGCACUUGCACACCCCGUGUUAUGGGAGCCAGACGGACACGGUGGUCUCGGGAGCGACGGGCUGUCACCUACAAUGUCCGGGAGAACCAAACCCUCCGCGGCUCUUUGACGAGCUAAUUGUGGAUGUCGUAGGUCCGGGAUCAACCUAAAUUUGAAUCAUGCCUGGGAAACUAAAAGCAAAAAUUGUGGCCGGUCGCCACUUGCCUAUCAUGGACAGAGCCAGUGAGCUUACAGAUGCUUUUGUAGAGGUCAAGUUUGGAAACAUAACCUUCAAAACAGACGUCUGCCCCAAAUCUCUCAAUCCACAAUGGAACUCGGAAUGGUUCAAAUUUGAGGUUGAUGAUGAGGACUUGCAGGAUGAGCCGCUGCAGAUCACCGUGUUGGACCACGACACAUACAGCGCAAACGACGCCAUUGGGAAGGUUUACAUCGAUAUCGACCCGCUGCUGUGCAGUGAGGCCGCCUCCGUCAUCUCCGGCUGGUUUCCCAUCUAUGACACGAUUCACGGUAUCCGUGGAGAGAUUAAUGUCCUGAUCAAAGUAGAGCUCUUCAAUGACUUGAACCGCUUCAGACAAUCCUCCUGUGGAGUCAAGUUUUUCUGCACCACUUCUAUACCACGCUAUUACCGUGCGGCGAUGGUCCACGGCUUUGUGGAGGAGCUUGUGGUGAACGAAGAUCCCGAAUACCAAUGGAUUGACCGCAUCAGAACCCCUCGAGCAUCCAAUGAAGCCCGCCAGAGGCUCAUUUCGCUCAUGUCCGGAGAGUUGCAGAGGAAGAUCGGACUCAAGGUGCUUGAGAUGGGAGGGAAUGCAGUGGUGGGCUACUUGCAGUGUUUCGACUUGGAGGGAGAGUCGGGCCUGGUGGUGCGGGCCAUAGGUACCGCCUGCACUCUGGACAAAAUCACCUCCGGAGUUGCGCCCGCCACUGCCAUCGCCAAUGCCACCACACACAUGCAUCCCAGCACAGCUCCUGCUUCCAACGCCUGCAAUUCCCCUUCCAAGGACGGAAAGGAGCCGGUAUUUGGUGAGGACCUUCCCUCGUCAUCCGGCCCGCUCACCCCUUUCAGAGCCCUCCCCAGCAAUCCCUUCUCUCCUGCCCCCUUCUCUCCCCCCCAAGCCAGCCGCCAGUCCUCAUCAUCAGACACAGACCUCAGUUUGACGCCCAAGACGGGAAUGGGCAGCGGGGGCAGUGCCGGCAAGGAGGCAGGACCCCUGAAGACGCUGCUCAGACAGCAGACGCAGACGGCUCUGGAGCAGAGGGAGUUCCCGUUUUUCACGUUGACGUCUUUCCCACCUGCCUUUCUGCUCCACGUGGGUGGAGUUGUCAGCGCUCGCUCAGUCAAACUGCUGGACCGCAUACACAACCCCGCCUUGGGUAACACGCGCUCGUACAAACUGCUAGACUGGAAUAGUGUCACGGCAGAUGAGCCAGAAACCCGCGACGCCUGGUGGGAGGAGAUACGACAAGAGAUCAAGUCUCAUGCCAAAGCUCUUGGUUGCCAUGCUGUCGUGGGGUAUAGCGAGAGUACCAGCAUCUGCGAAGAGGUAUGCAUACUGUCUGCGUCCGGCACGGCAGCCAUCUUGAAUCCUCGCUAUAUGCGUGAGGGCUGCUUGGACGUCGCAAGCAUGGACCACAGGUUUGAGGAGCCGUCUCCCUCGAGUUGCGGCUUCUGUCACAUACCGUACGAUGAAUUCAACAUGCCCUUUCCCGCCCAGCUCACCUACUGCUACCUCUGCAGACGACAAAAGGUACCUGAUGUUCUGUUCACAACAAUUGACCUGCCAUCUGAUGCUGCCGUCACGGGGAAAGGCUGUCUCAUUCAGGCCAGACUAUGCCGUCUGAAGAAGCGAGCUCAGGGGGAGGUGAAUGCCACGGCCAUCUCCAACUUGCUUCCAUUUAUGGAAUACGAACUGCACACUCAAUUGAUGAACAAGCUGAAGCUGCGCAGCAUGAACGCCCUGUUUGGCCUUCACAUACAGAUCAGCGUCGGCGAGAACAUGCUGCUGGGUCUGGCCUCUGCCACAGGAGUGUAUCUGACCGCCCUCCCUACACCGGGAGGCAUUCAGAUCGCAGGGAAGACUCCGGGUGACCUGAGCAACGAGCACCACAUGUUGACCAUCCAGAAAAGGAUCAACGACACCAUCGCAAAAAACAAAGAGCUCUAUCAGAUCACGCCGCCGAAAUUAUUUACCCUGGACCCUGAGGUGCUCAGCGACAUAAACAUGGAGCUGACAGAGGAAGUAGUGGGUUCUCCCAUCCCGGAGCCCAGACCACGAAAUAGGCUGUUCCGCUCCCACUCAGAAAGCUCAGACGAGCUUUCAGAACUGGACCUGUCUCACGGCAAGAAGGAUGCUUUUGUCCUGGAGAUUGAUGACACCGAUGCUGUGGAAGAUAUUCACUCCCUACUCAUGGAUGCCCCGCCUCCCACGGGUUUCCACAGCUGCAACACUGAGGUCAUGCCUGGGAUUUACAACUGGACUUCAGGAAUACAGAUGUUUACAUCAGUGAGGGUGCUACGGUUGAGUAAUGCCAAUCUCACCAAUCAAGGCUUGAACAAAAUCUUCACUGACCUGUGUGAGAACCUGCUCAAGAGUUUGUACUUCAAGUUGCGCUCUAUGAUCCCCUGCUGCAUUUGUCAUCUCAACUUCACCGUAGCAGUGCCGGAAGAAGAACUCAUCCAGGUUGCCGUGACGGCGGUCGCCAUGACAUUCGACAAGGACCAGACCCAGGAGAAGCUAGCAGACAGGCCCAUCACCAAAGGGUGCAGUGAGACUGAAGAGCAGCUGCAGUUCCCCUUGGAGCUCUGCGUCGACUCCCCUUCCGCCAACACGCAGCCGCCGUCAAAAACCUCAGGUACAGUCUCUUUACUCACUCCGGCUGCAAAACUCUGCCAAAAUCAGCUGGUUAUUGUGCAAACGGAAGGUGUCCCAAUAAGUAGUGCUGUGUCAUCCAGAGCUACCUCCGUUGAUUACGGUUCCUUUGCAGACAGAUGCAGCACCUGGCUAGAGCUGCUUAGGCUGAAAGCUCACACCAUAAGACGAGGAUCAGUUAAGACAAUCUCAUCACUGGAGCGCUCCAGUCCGCUGACCGAGAGCCGGUCCCGCUCGCUGCGCUCCAACCGCUGCUCAUUUGGAGGAAGCUCAGUCACGGUGGUGAAGAUGACACCGCUUUCAUUUCUCCCCGGUACACGUGUGGUAAAAUACUUGGGGAUCAUCAACAUGUUCUUCAUUCGAGAGACCACGUCCUUAAGAGAGGAAGGCGGCGUGAGCGGCUUCCUCCAUUCGUUCGUUGCAGAGGUGUUUGCCAUGGUCCGCGCCCACGUUGCAGCUUUGGGGGGAAAUGCCGUUGUGUCUUACAGCAUGAAGGAGUGUGUGUUGAUGGAAAAUCCCAAUAAGAACCAGGCUCAGUGUCUCAUCAAUGUGAGUGGCGACGCUGUCAUCUGCGUGCGGGAAUUGGAUCAGGAGCCCUCCUCUUCCGCAACAAGCCUCGGACAAGCGUGCAUGAGCGGAAUGGAAGGGUCCACAUGACAUCUGCCGUCACUCAACCGCAAUAGUCUAGCCGUCCAAAUGAGAACAAGCUUCAGUUGCCUUAACUUUGUCAAAUAUGCCAAAGUUUGGAUCAUGCUUUUGAGAAGCAACACAUGCGCACAAAAGAAAAUUACAAAUACUGACAUGGAUUUUUGUCACGAGUAUUUCCACACACCGCAAUUGUUAUAAUAACAGCAAAAGAAGAAGCAUCUAUUCUCUGCCUGAUAGUAUCGUUCAGGUUUGCUUACCAGCUAUGACCGCAGACUCAUUUUUAACAUCUAAAAUGAUUUAAAAUGUUAAAAUCUCUACAUGAUGAUGGAGAGAGGGGACUCAUUGUGUUCUUCAUGCCCUUAUGGUAUGUGUUGUACUCCAGACGACACCACACACGAUAUCUGACCAACAAUCGCUCGUCUCCUUACCCAAUCCAUAUAUGUGUCAUUAGUACCAAGUUUGACCUGGGAAGGGACAGCAUGGUGCCACAGGGCAUCCACACUGCCCAAAGAGAAUUCGCAAUUGUUAAAAUGGCACAGGUUUAAUAUUAACAUUUUUCAUAUCUGACCAUUUUCCGAGCAGAUCUGGGAGAAAGAAAACCACGUAACGUACCCCGCACAACAGGAGAAUCGUUCAAAAUAAUCUUUUGCGAGACAACGAAUUACAUUGGUCAACACAUUUUUAACCUGAGAUGAAACAAAAUGUUUGCGCUGAUGCCCUCUUUUUUCCCCUCACACAUCAUAAGAAUUUAACAUUAACACAAUAUAUAAUAUAGAAAUAUCCAUCUGUCCAUCCAUUUUCAAAUCCGCUUAUCCUCACGAAGGUCGCGGGCGUGCUGUUUAAUAUUUAGAAAUUUAGGGUUGGAUUCAGCAACAGGUGGAUUUUUUUUUUCUGAAACGUCAUCAUGGCUAUAAAUUACAACUCGUCCAGUCAAACUUAAAAAACAAAAAUGAAAACCUGAUUAGCUAGAAAAAAAGUAUACAUAUUUUUUUUAAUCUGGUUUAAAAAUAAAUAUAGGGACAGACAGCCAACUGAUUAUAAUUCGCUGUUGACCAGUGUCAUCAAGCCUUUGCUGAAAUGUGCUCAAAACACCCAAGUUAUCAAAUAUAUUUCCAAGGUAUCCAGAAUAAAAAUGUGUCAAACAAAUAAAUUGUGUUAUUUAUUCUUAUAAAUGACAAUGACAAAACUCACUCAGGGUAAUAUUUUAGAGACCUCCGAUCAUCAGACCUUGGAUCAUAAAAAGAAAAAAACUCGCAUUUCUCAAUUAUUUGAUAUACAGUAUGUAUACGAACUUCAGUCAUUGAUACAAGUUAUUGACAAUUAUGAGGAGGUAUUUGAAAGCAACAAUCAUCAGCAUGCACAAAUUUGCCAAGUCCAUUUUGGACUGUCUUUAUUAAACCAGUUCCAGUACAGUUUUGCUCCCAGGAAGCAUCACCUACUACAAUUCUUGAGUGUAAGAGAAUCGGGUCACAGCCACGUCCUAUCCAAUCUCUUUGCUGUGAUUCAUACAGUUAAAGUUUUACUGCCC